ACUAAACCCCAAAUAACUACCCAGCCCAGCAUAAUUAUACCACCAGAGCAAGAAUGGAUAUCGUGGGGUACCCCAGACCCGGUCGUUUCGGGAAGACAUGUGGGGAAGUUGGCGGUGCUAGCAUAGCUUCUCCACGCCUCGGUUAUCAUUCCGCCGACUAGGGAAGAGCAUUAAAUAAGGAGGACUAGGUGACUUGCAUAUAAGCGGAGAAACAAGACAAAGCCAAACUUGGAGAAGAACCCGAAUCCGAAUAGGUCCCCGCAACACCCUAAUAUAUCCUAUAUCCCCCUAUUUAUAUAUCCCCCUAUUUGAACCCCAGGGAGUAGGCACAGGAAAUGGGUGGUGGACAAAUCCAGACUGGGAAGGCAAUGCGGUCAGUAAGCGUGGAGGAGAUAUCACGGCAUCACUCGCUGGAGGAUCUCUGGGUUGUCAUUGAUGAUGUAGUCUACGAUCUCAGCGAAUUUGCGUUAGAACAUCCCGGUGGUGUCGCAGUACUCUUGGACCACGCCGGACAAGACGCAACCACCGCUUACUCCGAGGUCCAUUCACCAUCGUUGAUCAAGACCUCGUUGCCAGCAUCAUCUCGCAUUGGUGUCCUGGAUCAAGCUACUAUUACUGAGCAAUGGGCUAAACCACCACCACGGGCCCGCGGCCCACCACAAAAGACACCAGAGAAGCCACCUCUGGAUAGCAUAAUUAACGCUAGGGAUUUCGAGGUCGCAGCUGAGGCUAGCUUCACCCCUAAAGCAUGGGCUUUUGUGUCGUCGGCCGCAACAGACUGUCUGACGAAAGAGCGCAAUGCAUCAACGUAUAGGGAUAUAGUACUGCGACCACGGGUACUGAGGAAUGUUAGAGAUGUCGAUAUAAGUACGACUAUUCUAGGAAAUCGCGUUACUGCUCCUAUAUUCUGCGCCCCAACGUCUAUGGGCCGUAUCUUCCACCCACAAGGAGAGCGCGAACUAGGUCGGGGAUGUCAGCGCUUAGGUAUUCCGCAGUGCGUAUCGACGAGUUGCUCAUUCCCGUUACCCGAGGUUAUGGAUGCGGUUGAGGAGGAAUCUCUAUCUCAGGGAGUAGAGACCAAUGGAUCCGUUCCAGUCUUCUUCCAACUAUAUGUUGAUAAAGACCGCCGGAAAUCAGAAGCUUUAUUACGCAUGGUACGCGAGCGCGGUGUUAAGGGUAUCUUUCUGACGGUUGACGCACCGGUUAUUGGAAAAAGAGAGGCAGAUGAGCGAGUUAAAUCAGAUGAGAACUUACGAGCUCCGAUGUCUGGCGCGCAGGCUAGGAAUGAUGCCAAAGGAGGGGCAUUAGGAAGACUGAUGGGUGGCUUCAUAGAUGCAUCACUUACGUGGGACGAUGUGUCGUGGGUGCGGCAGCACGCUCCUGGCCUACCAAUCGCACUGAAAGGGAUCCAGACAGCGGCGGAUGCAGUGAAGGCUAUGGAAGCAGGUGUUGAUGCUAUAUAUAUCUCUAACCAUGGUGGGCGGAGCUUAGACACAUCGCCUGCUACGAUACUAGUGCUGCUUGAGAUUCAGAAGUGUUGCCCGCAGGUCUUUGAUAAGAUGGAAGUAUAUGUCGACGGUGGCAUAACCAGGGGUACGGAUAUCUUCAAGGCUUUGUGUCUAGGUGCGAAGGCUGUUGGGAUUGGGCGGGGGUUCCUAUUCUCGCUGAAUUAUGGGAAGGGGGGUAUCGAGAAGUUCGUUAGUAUUCUUGUCGAUGAACUGGUGACGACUAUGCAGAUGUGCGGCAUCACUAGUCUCGACCAAGUUCAUCCUGGGUUACUACAUACAGGGGCUGUUGACCACCUUGUUCCUGGGUCUGAAGAGCAUCCGUAUGCCAGGUGGAAGCCAAAGUUACGAAGGAGCAAACUAUAAAAUAGAAAUCAAUAUUAUAUAUGACUUACGUACCUCAUGUACCUUAUUUGGGUCGGUAUCUGUAUACUAAAGAAACACAUAACACACAUAGAAAAAUCUAACAAGGUUGUCACCCAGAUACCUGUAACUAUGCUUACU